AUGAACCAGACAAAGUACUCCGACCGCCAGGUCCCCUCAAUUUCACUUGCAGACUUCGAGAACCGCAUCGAUGAGAUCACAACCCAGCUCGUCGACGCCUCCGAGAACGUCGGCUUCUUCUGUCUCACCGACCAUGGCAUUACCCGCGAACAAGUCGACACCAUAUUCGACAACUCUGCAGCCUUCUUCUCUCUUCCAGACGAGACCAAAGCACAAGUGCCCUUCUCCGCAACGCACAACGCCGGCUGGGAGAAGAACGCCCAGAUAAGGCCCUCCACAGGAGCAGCAGAUCAGAAGGAGUCUUAUCAAAUGCAAUUUGGCGCCAACAUGAAAGGCCGCUGGCUCGACGAAGAAACCCUUCCGGGAUUCCGUACCCAAGCCCUGGACUUCAUGAGACUAGCCCAGACCGUCUCCGAGAAGCUAAUGAUCUGCUUCGCACGCGGCCUAGGCUUCCCCGACAAUUACUUCAUCGACGCACACGAUAUCAGCGAGCCAGACUCCCAGACCGUUGGCCGUCUACUGCACUACUUCCCAACCCCCGAAACCAACGACGGUGUCAUCCGCCACCGCGCCGGCGCCCACUGCGACUGGGACUUCGUCACCCUCCUCUUCCAAAAAGCCGGCCAAUCUGGCCUAGAGAUCUGCCCAGGUCGCGAAGCCACCUCCAAGUUCGGCGUGUCGGACAUCUGGACCAAAGUCGAACCGGACCCCGAAUCCAACAGUAUCAUCUGCAAUAUCGGCGACCUCUUAAUGUCCUGGUCCGAUGAUCGCUUCAAGUCGACGCUGCAUCGUGUAAAGGCGCCUUGCGAGCCUGGUGAUUUCUAUGGCGAGAGAUACAGUAUUGCGUUCUUCAAUCAGCCAAGGAAGAGUGCGAAGAUUCAGGGGCCGAAUAGGAAGUAUCCAAUGCUUACGGGCGAGGAGUUCACAAGGAAUGCGAUGCAGAGGAAUUUCAAGGCUGUGUUGGAGGCGAAAGAGAAGAAGGAGGGUGAACGGCUCGCGGCGUUGCAGGGUCCUCCGGCGGUUUCCUCUGUGGUUUCGGUCGGUGCUUGA